AUUUUCACUAUUUGAAAUAGAGGAAAACUAGAAACAAGUUGUACGGAAGGGCGAAAACGUUAAGCAACGUUGCAGACGUUACUGACAACGAGUGUAUAUAAUUCGAGAAACACAACUGAUGAUUCCAGGUAGAUCUGUAUAGUCUCUGUAUUAGGUGUGUACUCUUCGUGCUUAGUGGAAUAUGAUGAGAACGUAAAUCACUUUUGUAAUAUCUAAGAAUCUUUUAUCAUCCAACUCAUUUACUCUUGUCUCUACUCCAAUUAGCAUUGUCGCUACUACUGCACAGGAGCUCAAGCUUGUCUUACGAAAAGUAUUUCAAGUGACAUUGACGAUAGUUGAGGCUUUUCUUAACGAUUGAUUUUGCAAUUCGAGUUGCAAAUAAAUUGAUACAUCAAACAUGAAAAAUUUAUGUUUCUUGCUUAUAACUAUUAUAACAUUCUUAGAAGGAAGAUCGCAGAACAUACCAUUUCUCGAAAAGGAAUUUCUAAAAUUGUUCUUUCCUAAGGAUCCUGGCUUAAUGAGAGUAAGGAAACUGGAUCGAACCGAAGAAAUGGACUAUGGAAAAAUAUUGGAUUUUAUUGGUCUGGUAGAACAAUAUGGUUAUCCCGCUGAAGAACAUAAUGUUACAACUGAGGAUGGUUACAAUUUGAAAAUACACAGAAUACCUGGAAGUCCAUUAUUGGGUAACAAGAAUAAAAAAGAAACUGUGUUCAUCCAACACGGUCUUUUGGCUUCAUCUGAUAGCUGGGUACUGCAGGGCCCUGGUAAAGACCUUGCAUAUUUAUUAGCAGAUCUUGGAUAUGACGUAUGGAUUGGAAAUGUAAGGGGAAAUAGUUAUUGCAGAUCACAUAUGAAUAUGACGGUAUACGAUCCCAAAUUCUGGCAGUAUAGCUUUCACGAGAUUGGGAUAAAAGAUCUGCCGGCCAUGCUUAAUUACGUAUUAAAUUAUACAAAGCAAAAAGAUUUAUACUAUAUCGGUCAUUCAAUGGGAGGUACUGUUUUACACGUUCUUUUGUCAUCAAAACCGGAGUACAAUAGGAAAAUAAAAAUGGCUAUUUGUCUGGCUCCAGCUAUUUUUUGGACGGGAGUGUCACCUGUCGUUAACGAAUUUAUAAAUUUAUUCCCAACAUUGAAGGAAGUUCUACAUGAAAAUGAAAUAUACGAUAUUUUCCCCCGAUCUCUAGCGACUGUUAUGGUGGGACGAUUGUUAUGUAAUGACAAUGCAGUAACUCAAAGUAUUUGUAUUGCUAUAUUAUUCUUAGGCGCUGGUCCUGAUCCGGUACAACUUAAUACUACAGCCCUGCCAUAUAUGAUGUCCUAUGGUGUUCCAGCUGGUACUUCUGUACAAGCAGUAGAGCAUUUUUGUCAAAAUAUUCAAAUAAAUAUGCGAGUCUUAUUAAUUGUUACAGAUGAUUUUCGAAUGUAUGAUUAUGGUGUGGCUGAAAAUUAUAAGCGAUACAAACAGAAAGUACCCCCAAAUUAUGAUCUUAAAAAGAUUACUGCUCCAAUGAUACUGUUUUACGCAGAAAAUGAUAUGCUUGUUCCCAAAGAGGGCCUGUUAGAACUUAGCAAACGUUUACCAAAUGUUUUUCUAACUGAGAAAGUUCCAUACGAACUCUUCAAUCACAUUGAUUAUGUGGUCGCAAUUGAUGUGAAAACUCUUCUAUAUGAUCGUGUGUUAGAUCUAAUACAAAAGUUUGAUGCUAACCAAAAUAAAUCUAUAAAAUGAAUUUAAUCGAGGAAUGUAAAUUAAAUUGAGAGAAACUCUAAUCUCUCUGUAUAAUUUAAAAUGUUAAUAAACAUAGAAUUGCUAAACAAAUUGACAAAUUACCACAAAUUUGCCAAUAUAAAAUUAUUAAUUGGCCUGUGUUAGUAAGAUUAAAAUUAGAAAAUUACGAGACUCGAUAUUGAGUUAUUAUUAAGGUAAAUAAUAAAUAAUUUAAUGCUAUAAGUAUGCGCUUUAAUAUGUAUAGUCUAUAUCAUUUAAUUACUUAGGAUUUUAAUUAAUAGUUAAUUUUUCAAUUAAAAUAUACUUAAUCUUCUGUGCAAUUACAAAUCAGUGCUACUUUUAAUUAUUAAUUGUACUUUAUUAUUAUUAAAUUUGAA